AAGCGGUCAGCACCAAUCAGUUAGAUAUCAUUCGCAGUUCAGAACUCGUCCUAGUGCAAAGCAAAGCUUGCUAAAAACCUCAACCAAACCCAAUUACAAUGGCUUUCAUCAAAUCGCUUGUGUGCCUGGCCGUUAUCGGAGUUGCCGCCGCUGGUGUGGUCCCGCUCGCCACUGAAUACCAGGGAGACUACUACGCUCACCCCAAAUACUCCUACAACUAUGGUGUUCACGAUAGUUUGACCGGAGAUGUUAAGUCGCAGGUCGAGAGCCGCGACGGUGAUGUCGUGAAGGGCCAGUACUCCCUCGUCGAGCCGGACGGUUCCGUGCGCACCGUCGACUACACCGCCGAUGAUGUGAACGGAUUCAACGCCGUCGUCAGCAAGUCGGCCCCGUCCGUCCACGCCAAGACUGUUGUGGCCCAUGCCGCUCCGGCCGUUGUUGCCCACGCUGCCCCAGCCGUCUACCAGGCCCCGGCCGUGUACGCUUCCCAUGCUGCCCCAGCUGUGUACGCUUCGCAUGCUGCCCCAGCUGUCUACGCUUCCCAUGCUGCCCCAGCAGUCUAUGCCACCCAUGCUGCCCCAGCCGUCGUUUCGAAGACCCUCGUUUCGCACGCUGCCCCGGCUGUGUAUGCCACCCAUGCCGCCCCAGCUGUGUACGCCUCGCACGCCUAUGCCCCAGCUCACGGAACCGUUGAGUACCAUGGCAAGGCCGCUGCCCCGCUCGCUUACUACCAAAAUUUGCAACAAUACAUAAUGGUUGCUCGCGUUUGUGCUACACUGCUGUUGGCUCUGGCCAUGUUCGGAAGCUGCGCUCUGGCCCGCCCGGGAUAUGCUGUUGAUUAUUAUGAUCAUCCCAAGUACGCUUUCAACUACGGUGUCGCGGACCACAGCACCGGCGAUGUGAAGUCGCAACACGAAACUCGUGACGGAGACGUCGUAAAGGGACAAUAUUCUCUGGUUGAGCCGGACGGUUCCGUGCGCACCGUCGACUACACCGCCGAUCCGAUCAACGGAUUCAACGCGGUAGUGUCGAAGACGGCCCCACUCGUCCACGCUCACGCUCCCGUCGUCAAACACGUCGUGCCAGCUGUGAAGGCCGUCCAACAUCACGUGCCAGCCGCUCCCGUUGUACAGAAGUUUGUCUAUGCUCACGAACCACUCGUUCAUGUAGCAAAGACGGCCCACUACACCGAGCACGCUCCAGCCGUACACUACGGUGACUACCAUGAUGGAUACUAUGGCCACUACGACGAUAGCCACUACUACUAAGAAUCUCAGGCAGGAUCGUAUCGUU